AUGGCGACGACGAUGGCGAGAAGAGCGAGUGGUUGUAACGCGUCGUCGCUUUUGUCUUCUUCUUCUUCGAAAAGAGGAACGAAAAAGCGAUUCGUAUUCUCGUCAAAAUCAUCAUCUUCACUCGUCGUGAAAAAGAAGAGCAAAGCGGAGAAGAGCGAGCGUUUCUUUUUCUCGUCGAAUUGCAAAAGUGGUAGCUUUAACGGCGUUUUUGCGUCUGGGAUGAGACGGAGAGGAGGCGCGUGUUGUUCCUCUGCUUCUUCUUCUUCUCGUUGUUCGGCCGCUUCCGCUUCGGGGGACGACGGGGAGGAGGAGGAGGUAAAAAAGAGCGACGAUGCGUCGACAAAGACGAUUGAGGAAAUCAAAGCAGAUAAAACAACAACGGUAACAUCAAAGAAUAGAAAAGAAUCCAUCCCGAAAAACCACAUAGACGCGAUCAUUCCGGAACCGACGGAGCGUCCACACGAGCGAUGGGUGAAUAACAAACCGUACAACCCGAUGAGUCCUACGGUUGGCCAGUGCGAGCCGUUGCCGAAGACGUUGCCGAAGUUGUCGAGAGGCGAGAGGAAAGAGACGGCGUACGAUUUGUUAAUCGUCGGGUGCGGACCGGCUGGGUUGUAUACCAGCACGCAAGCAUCUGAGAAAGGUUUGAAAGUAGCGCUGAUUGAUCCGAAACCGUUAGCUGGAUGGAGGAACAAUUACGGCGUCUGGUGCGACGAGUUCCAAGCCUUGGGAUUCGAGGACUGUUAUCGAGCGAGUUGGCCGAGAGCGCAGGUUAUUUUUGGCGACGCGGACACUCCCGAGGAGAACGACCGGCAGACUGGGAAGUUUUUAGACCGCGCGUACGCGCAAGUGGACAGAGCGAAACUGAAAUCGAAACUGAUUUAUAGAGCGAUGGAAAAUAAAGUAGAAUUUGGGACGCAAAACGUGAAAUCGGUCAAACACGACGAGGACGACGUUUCCGAAGUGACGUUAUCGGAUGGGUCCGUGGUGUUUGCGAAAAUGGUUUUAGACGCCACCGGACACGCGAGAAAGUUAGUGGACUUUGAGCGAGAGUUUACGCCCGGGUACCAAGCCGCGUUUGGCAUUGUUUGCGACGUCGAAUCGCACCCGUUUCCGUUGGAUACGAUGUUGUUUAUGGAUUGGCGAGACGACCAUUUGGACGACGCGUAUAAAUCGGUGAAUGAUAUCUUACCGACGUUUUUAUACGCCAUGCCGUUUUCCAACACGCAAGUGUUUUUAGAAGAAACCAGUUUAGUCGCCAGACCUGGGUUGGAGUUUGACGAUUUGAAAGUAAAGUUGAAACAGCGCUUGGAACGAUUAGGCGUGAAAGUGACCAGAGUGGAGGAGGAGGAGUACUGUUUGAUUCCAAUGGGCGGCGUGUUGCCGGCGUUUCCGCAACGGACGUUAGGAAUUGGCGGAACUGCAGGGAUGGUUCAUCCGAGCACCGGAUUUAUGGUGGCUAAAACCAUGCGUUCGGCGAACGUUUUAGUAGACGCGAUUUUCGAGGCGUUGAGAGCGGGCAAAUCCGGCAUGGACGCCGCAGAUUUAGUCGACGAAUCCAUUCCCGCGAGCGAUUCCACUUUAUUCUCAGCAAAAUCAGCAUCGGAAGACAUUUGGAAGAAAGUUUGGACGGAAGAAGAUUUGCGCGUUCGAACGUUCAUGUGUUUCGGCAUGGAAACGUUGAUGGAGUUGGAUAUCAAAGGCACGCGUCAAUUUUUCAAAACGUUCUUCAACUUACCCAGAGACGUUUGGGGUGGCUUUCUCAGUUGGAACAUCGGGCCUACCGGUUUACUCUCUUUAGGUAUCGCGUUGUUCGCUUCCUUCAACAACUACAUGCGGUACACGUUUGUCACGUCCGCGUUGCCAUUCAUGGGGAGUUUCUUUGCAAACUUUGCCAGCGCGCAAAACAAAUUCGAUUCUAGCCGAUGGGGAGGCGCGUUUCUAGAAAUCAACACGACGCCGAAGAAGAUGCCGCCAACCUUACCUGGCUACGGGGGCAUUCCGACGCCGAAGAAAGCAAAAAUGAACUUCAGUGAAACGCUGCCGACGAAAGACGAUGUGAGCAUGGAUGAGGACGAGGAGGAGAAAGAGGAGAAGGAGGAAGAGGACGACGACGACGACAUCGACGGCGUCUCGGGCGAAGGCGUCUACGAGAAGGCCAACCCGACGGAGAAACCAAUCUUGAAGUCGCCGUUAGAUUUCGAAAAGCUGUUGCAGGGCGAGUUAUCUUACACGUCUGAUAGUACGAAUAGCAGUAAUCAAGUCUACCCGGAAGUGAAGAUUGAGAGCUACAAAGACGACCGCGAGUGGAUCGCGUUUCAACAGCGCAAAGUCUUCCCGGACCAACAACCCAUCGUGAACGUCUUGGACGUUUUAAAAACCGGCGAGAAAGUGGAUUGCUUAAUCAUAGGCGCUGGUCCUGCUGGGUUAGCCAUCGCCGCUGAAACUGCAAAGAAGGGCUUAUCCGUCGGCGUCGUCGCCCCGGACGCGCCGUUCGUGAACAACUACGGCGUCUGGUUGGACGAGUUCAAAGCGAUUGGUUUAGAACACACUUUGCUUCACAAAUAUGAAGACACUUUAGUCUGGUACGACGAUAGCGACCCAGAAAGUGGACGAAGUUUAGGUCGACCGUAUGGACAAGUGUGCAGAAGGCGAUUGCGCGAACAUCUGUUGUCUGAGUGUAAAAAAUCCGGCGUGAAGUACCUCCCCGGUAUCGUCGAUCGCGUACAACACUUCUCUUCUAGCGAAGAGAAACCGUCGGAGAUUCGCGGACGAUUUUUGAAAACGGACGCGUCCUCGAGAGGCAAUUACGGUGAAGGGUCCACUGAUGUCGAUUUGGCCGGCGUCGCCAACGAUGAUUUCGAGAAAGACUUUGAAGUCUUUUCCGAUUUAGUCGUCUGUUCGACCGGUCAUAAUCGCGAGAUGUUGAGGUAUGAAUCCGGCCCGCCGCCGGGAUGGCAAACCGCGUACGGGAUCGAAGUGACCAUCCCGAACCAUCCUUGGGAGAAGAACAAAGCCGUGUUUAUGGAUUUUCGCCAAGCUGACCCGGAGUUAAAAGGUGAAAUGCGAAACAGCCGAAAAGAGGACGGGAGUUGGAGAGUGCCGAGUUUCUUAUACGUCUUACCCGUGGACGAAAACACGGUAUUUGUGGAAGAGACGUGUUUAGUCGCGCGAGUGCAAAUUCCUUUCGACGAGUUGAAAAGACGAUUGUACAGGCGCUUAACGCGAAUGGGUGUUGAAGUCGACCAAGAGAAAAUCAUCGAAGAAGAAGCGUCGUGGAUUCCAUUGGGCGGUACGCCUCCGGUGUCGCCUCAGCGCACGUUGGCGUACGGCGCCGCGGCGGGGAUGGUCAAUCCAGCCAGCGGCUAUUCCAUCACGAAAUCGCUCGGAGAAGCUCCGGGAGUGGCUGAGGCUAUUUAUGAAGGGUUCCAAAAAGCGAAAGAAACGAAGGAUUACUCGGAAAUUUCUCACGCAGCCUGGGACCGUUUGUGGGGCUACGAACGAAGACGACAAAUUGGCUUUUACCAAUUCGGCAUGGAACUUUUAAUUUCCUUGCGCAUCGAGCAAAUGCGAAACUUCUUUGGCACGUUCUUCGGGUUACCGAUUGAAUUUAACCGAGGUUUCUUAGCGAGUAAGUUGAACUCCGUUCAACUGUUGCAAUUCGCGAUGAUGAUGUUUUUCCAAGGAAACAACGAUUUGCGGGGCUUGCUUUUGGCGCAUUUAGUCACCGAAGGCGGGUCCGGAGUUCGUUUGUUCACAUCGUACACGCGACCGAUUUUGGAAAUGUUAGAAAUCGACGUCGCUGGUUUGGAGGAAAAAGAUGGGAAACCAAAGUCGUUACAAACGGCCGAUGGCAUCAAUUUGUUGGACCGGAACAUCCCGCCGCAAGAUCGAAACACGAACAUCAUGAUGAGAGAAUUUCAACAGAGUUUAGAGCAAGGCAUGACGCCUGGAUUUUCCGGACGUGAUUGGUGGAAGGUUGGUUCUUCAUCAUCAUCUUCCGGCAACGGCUCUAGUAAUAACAGUAAUAAUAGCAACAGCAGCAUGGCCGCCUCGGCCUCGCCAAUGGUAACCAGGGAAAGUCAAACGACCGAGUAUUGGUCCAACGGCUCGCAAUCCAUGGUCAAAACGGUCGUCAAAAACACCGGCUUGUCUGAAGCCGAUUUGUACGGGAACGAUCGAAUCAAGUUUCUCCCGAAAUCUAUCAUCAACUUACCCGGCGAGAACGUCAUCGUUCCACCGCAUUUGACCGGUGGUUUACCCGGCGAUAUCGGCUUUGAUCCGCUAAAGUUCGGCGCGCAAUCCGACUUGUUGAAAUUCCGCGAGCGCGAGUUAAUCAACGGCAGAUGGGCGAUGCUCGCCGCUAUCGGCGUUUUACUUCCAGAGUUUCUCUUCAAGUUUGGUUUAUACGGCGAAGGUACCGAUCAACACUGGUGGUCUACGAAGAUCAUCCACGACGUUGCCGACGGAUGGCAGCUCACGUACAUGGGUUCGGAAAUCCCGUGGGGUCUCUUUUGGUUACCGAUUAUUCAUUUGCCGUUGAUGUUCGUUGCGGAGAUGUUGCGCACCGGGAAGUUUGAAAUCGAACGGUUUAGCACUUUGGAUAAGUUGUAUCCCGGCGGACGAUUGUUCGACCCGCUCGGUUUAGCCGCGAACCAAAGCGAAGAGGAAGUGAGGAUUUUAAAAGCGAUUGAAAUUCAGCACUGCAGAUUGGCCAUGUUGGCGUUUUCCAUCUUUUGCUUCCAAGGAGCGACUGGUAAAGGGCCGUUGGAUUUCUUCUAA